AUGCCUCAACCCAACAGAGCCGUCAUUUUCAGCAAAGUCCCCGAUGGCGCGCCCAUCCCAGGGACCGAUCUCACCGUCGAGCAACGCGAGAUAGACCUCGACCAGCAGCUGCCACCGGACAGCGUUCUCACCAAGAACCUCUACGCCAGUCUGGAUCCCUACAUGCGCGGUCGCAUGCGCGAUCCCAGCAUCAAGAGCUACAGCCCUCCUUAUACGGUUGGGGAGCCGAUCACCGCCUACAGCAUUGGGCAAGUGAUCCGGUCGGAGAAUCCAGAGUACAAGAAGGGGGAUAUCAUCUAUACCAUUCUCAAGAUUGAGGAGUACAGCGUUGUCACCAAGGAGCAAUUGGCCUGGCGCCAGACGGCGAAGAUUGAUGUGGUCCCCGGACUGUCGUUGUCCCAUUACGUCGGCAUCCUUGGAAUGACGGGGUUGACCGCGUAUUCCAGUUUGUACGAGAUCGGACAGCCCAAGAAUGGCGAGACAAUCUUCAUUUCCUCGGCUGCUGGUGCUGUUGGCGACGAUGACAAACUGCGCUUCAUCACCGAGGAGUUGGGCUUCGACGCCGGGUUCAACUACAAGAAAGAAAAGCCUAGCGACGCACUGGCUCGGCUGGCGCCCAACGGGAUUGAUAUCUACUAUGAGAAUGUUGGUGGAGAGCAUCUGGAAGCGGCUCUUGAUGCUCUGAACCCUUUCGGCAGGAUCAUCGCCUGCGGCAUGGUGUCACAAUACAACCUGAAGCCCGAGGAAAAGUUUGGAGUGAAGAAUAUAAUGAACGUGGUCGGCAAGCGAAUCAGGAUGCAGGGGUUCAUUGUCGGGGACGAAAACAUGGGCCCAAAGUAUGCUAAGGAGAGGAAUGAGCGGGUGUCUGCGUGGCUACUUGACGGCAGUAUCAAGACGAAGGAGCACAUCGCUACUGGCAUUGAGAACGGGCCCGAAGCUUUGGUGUCGAUGCUUCGCGGUGGUAACCACGGAAAGGCCAUUCUGAAGAUCGCUGACCCAGAAUAGAUGGAGGUUCAAGAGGAUGUCAAAGUAUCUACAUACACCCUUUACAUAGCUUGGGAUAUCUUAAGCUAGUAUGAAAACCACAUGAGCUCAAUAGAGCACAGUGCCGUGACUGCCAUACUUCCAGC